CCCAGCCCCGCCCGGCCCGGGAGACCCCGUGCUGCCUGUCGGGGAGGCGGCAAGAUGGCGGCUGCAGGCUGAGCCCAGGCGGGCGGGGGUGGUGGUGGAGGAGGGGGAGGAGAAGGUGGUGAAGCCGGAGCCCAAGCCCGAAGUCCGAGUCAGCGCGGCCGCCCACAGCGCCCCUCAAUACCGGAGCCCGGUCCGGCCCGCCAACGGGGGACGGGGACGAGAACGGCAGGAGGAAGGAGUAACCGCAGCGGCGGCGAUGAGGGUUUAAAACAAGAAGGCGGCGGGAAGCGCUUUGUCCGGCCCCCCCUGUCAGCGGGGGCCCGCGGCUUGGUCUCGGGCCUAGUCUCUGGCAGGAUGAGGGCCGUGUGAGGCGAUUUAUUUCACCUCCGCCGUUUUAAUUCUGGGUUGUGGCUGUCAUUGUUUUGUUCGAAGCGGGGAGAUCGGAGCGGCCUCCUGCCGCGGCCAUGGCGGACACCCGGCGGCGGGUAAAGGUUUACACGCUCAACGAGGACCGGCAGUGGGAUGAUCGUGGCACCGGGCACGUCUCCUCCAGCUACGUGGAGCGCUUGAAGGGAAUGUCCCUCCUGGUACGGGCCGAGUCUGAUGGUUCUCUUCUCCUCGAAUCGAAAAUAAAUCCUAAUACAGCUUAUCAAAAACAACAGGAUACAUUGAUUGUGUGGUCAGAAGCAGAAAACUAUGACUUGGCCCUCAGCUUUCAAGAAAAGGCAGGUUGUGAUGAAAUAUGGGAAAAGAUAUGCCAGGUCCAAGGCAAGGACCCCUCAGUGGACAUUACGCAGGAACUCGUGGAAGAGUCUGAGGAGGAGCGUUUUGAUGACAUGUCAUCUCCAGGUUUGGAGCUUCCACCGUGUGAGCUGAGCAGACUGGAAGAGCUGGCAGAACUGGUCGCUGCAUCGCUACCCUCGCCCCUGCGGCGAGAGAAGCUGGCACUUGCACUGGAAAACGAGGGCUACAUAAAGAAACUCUUGGAACUCUUUCACGUGUGUGAGGACUUGGAAAACGUCGAAGGACUGCACCACUUGUACGAAAUAAUCAAGGGAAUUUUCCUUUUGAACAGAACUGCACUUUUUGAAGUCAUGUUUUCAGAAGAAUGUAUAAUGGACGUAAUAGGAUGCCUAGAAUAUGACCCUACUUUAUCCCUGCCAAGAAAACACAGAGAAUUCCUGACAAAGACAGCUAAGUUUAAAGAGGUUAUUCCCAUAUCUGAUCCAGAACUUAAACAGAAAAUUCAUCAGACGUACAGAGUGCAGUACAUACAGGAUAUGGUUCUACCUACACCCUCCGUAUUUGAGGAAAACAUGUUAUCAACACUUCACUCCUUCAUCUUUUUUAAUAAAGUUGAAAUAGUUGGUAUGCUUCAGGAAGAUGAGAAGUUCUUGACAGAACUUUUUGCACAGUUAACGGAUGAUAGCACGGAUGAUGACAAAAGACAGGAACUGGUGAAUUUUCUGAAAGAAUUUUGUGCAUUUUCUCAAACAUUGCAACCUCAAAACAGAGAUUCGUUCUUCAAGACUUUAUCAAAUAUGGGCAUUUUGCCAGCACUUGAGGUUAUUUUGGGUAUGGAUGACGUUCAGGUGCGAAGUGCAGCCACUGAUAUAUUUUCCUAUUUGGUUGAGUAUAAUCCCUCCAUGGUACGAGAAUUUGUCAUGCAGGAAGCUCAACAAAAUGAUGAUGAUAUCCUCCUCAUUAAUCUCAUCAUUGAACAUAUGAUUUGUGAUCCAGAUCCUGAGCUCGGCGGUGCAGUCCAACUUAUGGGACUACUCCGCACACUGGUCGACCCUGAGAACAUGUUGGCCACAGCCAACAAAACCGAGAAGACCGAGUUCCUGAGUUUCUUUUAUAAACACUGCAUGCAUGUCCUGACUGCCCCCUUGCUGGCGAAUACCACUGAGGAGAAGCCCAGCAAAGGUGAGGCAUCUCCGUAUAAUGAAGACUUCCAGACAGCUCAGCUUUUAGCCUUAAUUUUGGAAUUACUCACCUUCUGCGUGGAGCAUCACACCUAUCAUAUUAAGAACUACAUUAUAAACAAGGACAUUUUGCGGAGAGUGCUCGUACUGAUGGGCUCCAAGCACGCCUUUGUGGCCUUGUGUGCACUGCGCUUCAUGAGGAAAAUAAUUGGUUUGAAAGACGAGUUCUACAAUCGCUACAUUAUGAAAGCUUUUCUGUUCGAGGCUGUGGUGAAGGCAUUUCUGAACAACGGGUCCCGCUACAACUUGCUAAAUUCGGCCAUCAUUGAAAUGUUUGAGUUCAUCAGAGUGGAAGACAUCAAAUCCCUGACAGCUCAUGUCAUAGAAAAUUACUGGAAAGCACUUGAAGACGUGGAUUAUGUGCAGACUUUCAAAGGACUGAAAUUGCGAUAUGAGCAACAAAGGGAAAGGCAAGAUAAUCCAAAACUUGACAGUAUGCGUUCCAUCUUGCGAAAUAACAGGUACCGAAGAGAUGCCCGCACUCUGGAGGAAGAGGAGGAGAUGUGGUUCAACACUGAAGAGGAUGAGAUGGAAGAUGGGGAGCCAGUAAUAUUACCAACUGACAAGUCCAAGAAUGAUGACGAAAUCAUGGAUCAUUUCGGCAAAUUCAUUGAGAGGAAAAAAUUGAAAGAUGGGGAUGAGAAGGAGGUCCUAACAAAGAGCACUCUGACAGGAAGACAAAGCCCCAGUUUCAAGCUUUCCUUCUCCAGCAGCACCAGCAGCGGAAGCAGCAAGCCCAGCCUCACCAGCCAGUCAGCCUCAAGCAAUUCACCUGGGUCUCCAGGCUCCCCGGGAUCUCCAGGGUCACCCGGAUCAAUAGCCAAAAGCACACCUCACACGGCAGCUAUUACAACCAAGGGAGGUCUGAUCGGCCUAGUAGAUUACCCAGAUGAUGACGAUGAGGAGGAGGAGGAGGAAGAGGAGGAGGAAGAUGGUGAGGAGAAAGAGCCGUCAGCGCCUCUGACGAAGAAGUCUAGGCUUGGAUCCUAAUGAUGGCCCACCCCCUUCAAACCUUGCCCAGAGACUCUUCCCGACCAGGCUCACACGUAAAAUAAAAAAAGGGUGUCCGAACCGUCGCCUCUCACACAGAUGAAACGUACACGUGGAAUUCUGCUGAUCAAGUGCCAAUCCACCGAAGCUGGAAAACAUGCAAAAACACAACAAAGAAAAAAAAAAGACAUCAGAACAAAGGAAUUGGAACUUGUUGACACCCAUGUGUAUUCAGGCUUUGACCUCACUCUACCCCUUUCUCAGGGAAGGAAGAAAAAAAUAAAACAGCGGCUCGUGAGGGUGGAGAGUGUUGUUUUUUUUUCCUUGUGCUAUGUAAAGUAGCAUGACCGACUGGGUUUUUUUUUUGGUUGAGUCUGUAAAACGGUGUGUCGGGUUGGUCUUUGGGAGAGCGUGGUGAUAUCCAGCAGUAAUUUCUCCCCAGGAGUGCCAGCAGUUUUCUCCUCGUUGUUCAAAGACUUCCCUUUGCAUUGUACAUUCAGGACAUCGACAUCACGAUGAAAAAAAAAAAAAAAGGCAUUUUAAAAGUACCUCUGUGGGGAGGGCUGAGAGGACAAUUUUUUUCUCUUUUUAACCAGUGAACUUUACAACUGCAUAAUUUUUUGAGGACCCCCCCCGCCCCCAUCCCACCCCAUCCCUCUGACUAAAAAAAGUGAAUGGAAUUUCUAGAUGUGAUCAUUUUUGUUUCAUAUCUUACAUUUUCUUCAAAUUUUUUUCUUGAGUGUACACUUAGUUGUUUAAGUAUAUUUGGGACCAUUAAAGAAAUUCUUUGAUGUAAUGUA